GUGUGUGUGUGUGUGUAAAAAAAAACACUCCCACAAAACAUGGGAUUAACGGGACUUUGUGGAGCUCUGGUUUUUUUCUGAAGAGGAAGAGAAGCAGAGAACAAUGAAAACAAAUGAAUGCAGCUCGGGAGCGAUCGGUAACAUAAGCAAAGUGAAGCCUUUACUGAAUGGAGAGUCUGAUCAAUGGGAACAGGCGACACCACCUACCCCACAGAGUCCAAAUACGAACCAGAGCGAGAGUGAGAGCCCAGCAGACUCUGACAUGGAGGUUAUGUUGAAUGACAAUGAGGAGAUCAGGAACGGUCCUGCUGGAAGGCUGAAGAGUAAACUGAGGUGCCAGGCUGGCUCUGAUGAGGCAAAACGCCGAGGAGUAUCCGGCUGGGAGAGCAGUCUGCGACAGAGACCAACACCACGUAUCAUUUUCCAGGCAGGAAUUUCCUUUCAUCACAAAAAAAAGAAAGAAGAUAACAAUAUGAAACCCAAAAAGGAGCUGUCCCGGAUGCCAAGGGAAGUCCCUGCCAAGUCACUUGUUGAAGGAAAUUCUAUCAUAGACCUCACUAUGGAGCCUUUGGAGAGCAAUACAAAAACUCUGAACAAGACAGAGGAGUUGGUUUGUGAAAACAAGGUUGUGAAGGGCACAGAAGUAGUUCUGCUGCAGUACCAGGACGGCAAGGGAUUUGGCCUUGGGGAGCUGGUUUGGGGCAAAAUCAAGGGGUUCUCCUGGUGGCCUGCGAUUGUUGUUUCCUGGAGGGUACCGGGAAAACGGCUGGCGAUUUCGGGAAUGAGAUGGCUGCAGUGGUUCGGAGAUGGCAAGUUCUCAGAGGUUUCCACGGACAAACUUGUGCCUUUGACUGCUUUCAGUCAGUAUUUUCACAGCUCUGCGUAUAAUAAGCUGGUCUCUUACAAAAGAGCCGUGUACCAGUCCCUGGAGAUUGCGAGCACUCGAUCCGAAAUGACCUUUCCCUCCAAUGAGCGGAGCACUUUAGAGGAUAGCAUAAAGCCAAUGCUGGACUGGGCCUUUGGUGGAUUUCAACCAAAGGGUUACGAAGGACUGAAGCCCAAAGAGAAAGCAGAAAAUGACGCUGUGAGUGAAAAGCUCACAGAGCUUUAUGUUCCUGACUUCUAUCCACCAUCGAAGAAGCAGAAAACCAGCAUUUACAAAAGUAAAGAGGGAACUGAAGAUGAACAGCGUGGACGAGAAAAAAUUUUGAAUGAAGUUAUGUCAAAAAAUAAAAGCAUUGAAGAAUUUUGCCUUGCCUGUGGGAGCACAAGUGUCAGCACUUUCCAUGCACUCUUCGAAGGAGGUCUGUGCGCUGUUUGCAAGGACAUCUACUUGGAGACGUCGUACAUGUACGAUGAUGAUGGCUACCAGUCCUAUUGCACUGUGUGCUGUGGGGGGAGGGAGGUGUUGCUGUGCGGCAAUGCAAACUGUUGCAGGUGUUUCUGUGUGGACUGUAUUGACAUCCUGGUGGGCCCUGGGUCCUCCGAAGAGGCCAAAGUGCAAGAUCCCUGGCGAUGUUACAUGUGCCUUCCACAUGAGAGCUACGGGGUGCUGAGGAGGCGAAGUGACUGGACCUUGAAACUCCAACAGUUCUUUGCCAGCGACAAUGGUCAGGAAUAUGAUCCACCUAAGAUUUACCCAGCAGUGCCUGCCGAGCAGAGAAGACCAAUCAAGGUUCUGUCACUCUUUGAUGGGAUAGCAACAGGUUUCUUGGUUCUGAGGGAUUUGGGGUUUAAAGUCGAGAGGUACAUUGCCUCUGAAAUAUGUGAAGACUCGAUUGCAGUAGGAACCGUCCGACAUGAAGGAAAAAUCACGUAUGUGCAUGACGUCCGGAACAUCAGCAGAAAAAAUAUCCAGGAUUGGGGUCCGUUUGACAUGGUGAUCGGAGGCAGCCCGUGCAAUGAUCUCUCCAUUGUGAACCCUGCGAGGAAGGGUUUAUAUGAGGGCACGGGGAGGCUGUUCUUUGAAUUCUAUCGGCUGCUUCAUGAGACCAGACCCAAGGAGUGGGAGGACAGGCCUUUCUUCUGGCUGUUUGAAAACGUUGUCGCCAUGGGUGUCAAUGACAAGAGGGACAUCUCACGCUUCUUGGAGUGCAACCCUGUCAUGAUUGAUGCGAUCGAUGUGUCAGCGGCACACAGAGCACGUUAUUUCUGGGGGAACCUGCCAGGAAUGAACAGGCCCCUGGUUGCUUCUUCAGCAGAUAAGCUUGAACUCCAGGACUGCCUUGAGCACGGCAGGAUAGCAAAGUUUAGCAAAGUUAGGACCAUAACGACCAGGUCGAACUCCAUAAAGCAGGGCAAGGAUCAACAUUUCCCAGUUAUCAUGAAUGGGAAGGAGGACAUUCUGUGGUGCACGGAGCUGGAGAGGAUUUUUGGAUUCCCAGUGCACUACACGGACGUAUCUAACAUGGGGCGUGGAGCCAGACAGAAACUCCUUGGAAGGUCGUGGAGCGUGCCUGUCAUUCGCCACCUAUUUGCGCCACUGAAGGAUUACUUUGCUUGUGACUAGCUCAGACCAACGGGGUGCCUUCCAGGAACAUAAAGGUGCUCUCAAUAGAAGAUGAUGUGUAGUCAAAACAAAAUUCAGACUUUUUUUAAACAUAUCAACAUACUGUGACACAAGAACAUUUGAAUGGCAUUAUUCUGAAGGUAGCGGACUGUACAUUUAUGAUACAGUGGCUACUUGUCAGUUAUACCUCAGGACAUGGUAAGUGGCAAGUGCUUACUUACAGUGCUUACUCAACUUUUGCAAUCAUCUUUUAUACGAAACCAUAGUAGAAUUUCUACUUUUACCUAUAGCUUUGUUAGUGUGCAAAGACUGUACUUUGCAAUUUUAGUACUUGGCCAAUCUUGUUUUAUGGGGUUUCUGUUUAAGGGCGUUUAACUCUUAAUGGUGCUAUUGUCCACCUUUUCGAUUUUCAUCUUCAAAUCCAAAAUACCUGAAAUAGUAUUUUAUUUUAUACAUAGUUGUAGCUGGAUUCUUGGUAGAUGGGUAGAAUACUGUAAAACUACUGACGGAGGGUAAAUACUGUAUAGUACAUUUUUGUUUUUUUAAAAAAAGUGAUGCACCAUCAUUGUUGAUGUUGAACUUGAUGUUUCUCUGUUAAACAGUAUUCCAGUACGUUUCUUAAUUACGGAUUGCAGUUUUCACUCCGUAGUCUUUGUUUGUAUGUGUAGACGGCCCCACAAAAAAGAGAAAUCAUGUUUUAAUUGAAAUUUUUUGCUAUUGAACCGAGGUCUGCAAAUGUGUAAACGAACAAAAGAAAAAAAAGUUUAAUGAUGGAAAAUGUAGCAUUGUUUAUAAAGAGAAAGGGUCUGUUCCAUUAGCCACAGAGAGGAAUUCAUCCCACUCAAUCUCAUAUGGAUCAGACACACAGGACGGAAUUGAGAGGUGGUUCAUUUUGAGCCUACAAGGGGUUUAUUUUGUUGUUGCUUCGUUAAUUGUCACGUGCGUUUGUUUUUCCAAAAAAAAAUACUUUUAAUAAUGUUACCACAAACAGUUCUGUUCAGGUUGAUUUAAAAAUCAAAGGCAGCAAGCAAAAUACAAUUUUACUGUUAAUCUAUAGCACAGUUAGUUACCGUUUCUAUUUUUAUAUUUUUAAACUUCAAUUUUGUACCUAUUUUGCUACCUAUGACCAUCCUCUCUCCUCUUCCAACCGCGCAGGGAGUCCCUUUAAUUGAGCUCCCCGACCUCAACUAAAAGGUGCUUUAAUUAGAGGUCAUUAAACGAUUCCUUUAAUUUUUCUCAUACUUCUAUGGAGGUGCUCAGUCCCCACUUCACAACUUCCAGAGGCACUAUACGGACAUCAGAAGAUUCCUGGGCUAUCAGGUUUUAUGGCACAGUAACUCUAUUGCACUGGUGGAUUUUAUUUGCUUUUCUAAAUUAUUGCAAAUUAAAACCAAUAAUAGCACUGUCCAUAUUUAAUAACACAUUGAGGGGGAAGGGGAGAUCCUUUUGACGGCAGUAUUUCUAAAAUACUGUGGAUUCAAACAAUAUUGACAGCUCUGUGGUCAUCCAAGUGGGAAUGUUAACAGUCGGAAUUUUUUUUCAAUCCCAGAUUUGGGAGUUUUCACACGGUUCCAAAGAGCUGCUGCUGUGGUGGGAGUUCCGUCCCGGUUCUGCUGUAAUCAGGGUUAGAAUAACAAAUCGCAUAUCUUAAAAAUUCAUCCAUGGAGAUAAUGGUCCAAAUUACAUACAGAAUGGAUGCUGUUCACUGAUAUAUCUGCUCAAUCGCGCUCUAUCAACAGAAUAGUGUAUUUGGAUUUAAUACGAUUUAAUACUGAGUCAGGUGAGAUUUAAUACUAACAGUGACUGACUAUUACAAUAUUUUGAGAUCCUAUCAGCAGUUGAUCACACAGAACAGAGACAGGCACAAUAGAACAUCUAAUUUUUGUGUUUUGAACCCAUGCCAAGUAAGUCAUGAUUUGAAUGCCCAGAUCAGGUGCGUGUUGUUCACCCAGCUCCAUUCAAAGCCAUGAGGAGCAGGCAGUGUAAAACCAGCUUCCCACUCCACAUCACUGAACACCAACCAGAGAGCGCGAGGCAGGGGAGGGAAAAGGGCAGGAGAAUGGGACUAGAUGACUCUUCAUAGAGAGUUCUUGCAGGCACGAUGGGCCCAAUGCCCACCUUUUUACAUAUUAAAAAGGUUAUGGUAAUCUCAGAAUCUUUUAAUUUCUUUCCAUGUAAAUGGAAUUAACAGAGUUAGUCACAGAACUGGUGAGGAGGUUAGAAUGGGACAAAGAUUAUGUGACAGAAAAGCAAAGGACUAACACCACCAUAUUGCUACCCAAGCUCUUUUGAACUUUCCCUUGGACAAAUUACGUAAGUCGGCAUUUUGGAGGAUCUGCAAAUGCACGUUAGUGCGUUUCUCUUCUCUUUCCCCCCCCCUCCCUCCCUCUAGUAAAAUCUGUGUUUCACUGAUCAAUGUGACGUUUGUAGAUGUUAACACUGCCGUAACGCUGUUGAAGUUGUGAAGUGUUCUGUGCAGCAAAAACAGAACAAUAAAAGUGGCCAAAUUCAUGUCCAUGCCUUAGGAAAUGGGUCACAAACUAUUUCCAACCGUGAGUGAAUUCUGGGAGUUUUCCAUAAUGUGCCAUUUGCUAACUCUACAAAAUUAAAAGGAUAAACUACAUAGAGAGAACACCAGCAGAGCUAAAUGCACUGAACCUAAUCCUUACCCUCGGUGCUUUUUAAUACUACUCAGUACAUUUUAUACGAACAAUGUUUACAGUUGAGCUUUUGUAACCAGGUACGGCUAGUUAGUUUUCAUUGGGAUCAUUCCUCCUGCAUGUUACAGUGAACGUUUACAUUUUUAAAAAAAAAGAUCCUUGAGGGGGAAAAAAAUGUACAGCGAGCACUAAUUUGAAAAGGUUGUUUUUUCUUUAAAAAGUUCAUGGCUCUCGUUUAAAUUUUAAUUGUUUGGACUCGCGGACCGAGUUCCAUUUGAAAAAUGCGCGAACAGGAAAAUGUUUUCGGAUGUGCAUCACUUUUGCUCUAACAUUACAGCACCGAGAUUUGAACUGUAUCUACUGCACGUGAGCUCAAAGAGGUACAAUUUGUAGCACUUCGGUCAUUCCAAUAAAUGAUUAUCGCCAUUUGUUA